CCGUAGGAGAGGUGAGAGGCGGGGCCUCGUCUCCUGGCUGGCAUCCUGUAGUGUUCCGUCCUGGUGUCAGCAAGCCGGGAGACCCAGAAUGGACUGGCCCACCUGGGCUGGCAAACCCAGAAGUAGAGCUUUCUAGGUCUCGUGAUUGCUAGCACUGAAGCGGGUUGAACAUAGUACUGGGAAGGCCUUUCAGAAGCGGUGAUAUCUGAAGUGUCCAUGAGAGAGGAGAGCCGAUGGGAACCAUGCCAAGAGUCAAAGAACAGAGGAGGAUUUGCUGAAUCCGUGGCCGGGCGAAGGGAUGGAUACACAGCAGCCAGUUUUUGCAGAUGCUCUCCAGAGAAGUGGCUCCAAUCCGGUGUGCAGGAAAAUCAUCGAAACAACCCGAGGAGGUCAAUUCGUGUGGCCUCACGUCGCCCAGCGGAGCCGAUCCGGAGCAGCGCCAGCAGGCUUCAGAGGCGGACGCCAUGGCAGCAACCUUCCGGGCGAGCGGUAAUUGCUGGGCCGCCUGCACCCGCUGUGAACACCAGCAUAUUCGCUAUAACCCGCUCCAGGAUGAGUGGGUGUUAGUAUCAGCCCAUCGCAUGAAGCGGCCCUGGCAAGGACAAGUGGAGCCCCAGCUUCUGAAGACAGUGCCCCGCCAUGACCCACUCAACCCUCUGUGUCCCGGGGCCACACGAGCUAAUGGAGAGGUGAAUCCCCCCUAUGAUGGCACCUUCCUAUUUGACAAUGACUUUCCAGCUCUGCAGCCCGAUGCUCCGGAUCCAGGACCCAGUGACCACCCUCUCUUCCGAACAGAGGCCGCCAGAGGAGUUUGUAAGGUCAUGUGCUUCCACCCCUGGUCGGAUGUGACGCUGCCACUCAUGUCUGUCCCUGAGAUCCGAGCUGUCAUCGACGCAUGGGCCUCAGUCACAGAGGAGCUGGGUGCCCAGUACCCUUGGGUGCAGAUCUUUGAAAACAAAGGAGCCAUGAUGGGCUGUUCUAACCCCCAUCCCCACUGCCAGGUUUGGGCCAGCAGUUUCCUGCCAGAUAUUGCCCAGCGGGAAGAGCGAUCCCAGCAGACCUAUCACAGCCAACAUGGAAAGCCUUUAUUAUUGGAAUAUGGUCACCAAGAGCUGCUCAGGAAGGAACGUCUGGUCCUGACCAGUGAGCACUGGAUCGUUCUGGUCCCCUUCUGGGCAGUGUGGCCUUUCCAGACACUACUGCUGCCCCGGCGGCACGUGCAGCGGUUACCUGAGCUGACCCCUGCUGAGCGUGAUGAUCUAGCCUCCAUCAUGAAGCGGCUCUUGACCAAGUAUGACAACCUAUUUGAGACAUCCUUUCCCUACUCCAUGGGCUGGCAUGGAGCUCCCACCGGCUUAAAGACUGGAGCCACUUGUGAUCACUGGCAGCUCCAUGCUCACUACUACCCCCCACUCCUGCGAUCUGCUACUGUCAGGAAGUUCAUGGUUGGCUAUGAAAUGCUUGCCCAGGCCCAGCGUGACCUCACUCCUGAACAGGUCAGGACUCACAUCCUGGGUCGUCAUAUCCUUUCACCUCAUUUCCUCACAGGGUCUCAGCAGUCACGACCCUCCAGAGCCUCAUAAAAAUCUCUGCCUUCCUAGAACUCAGUCACUGUUUCGACUCCACCCCCUGGUGACUUCAGCUAUCCUGAACUAAUUGUCCCCGUCCCUCCUCAGUAUUUUCUGGGCCCAGAAGGCCUCCGUACAGUUCUGGGUGACCCUUACUACCCCUGAUAGCU